UUGAAGAGGCAGAGAGAGAGAGAGAGAGCGUGAGCGAGAGAGAUGCUCUUUUUGUGAUAAGAGUGAAACAACAGAAGCAAAUGCAGGAUAAAGAGAACAUGCUGUGCUCCCUCUUCUUCCUCACAUUCGUUUGUUUUUCUGAUCGACUGGGGAACUUCAUCGUUGCUUCAGGUGAUCAAUACAGUUUGGAGUGUGUCAAUGAUUAUCUCUUCACUAUCACCUGCUAUGUGAACAUCUCGGCUGAAUCCCCAAGCAACGAAUCAUCUUGGCUUCAGUUCAGCGCAGAUGGGGAAUAUUAUAAUUGUACGUUGAAGGAUGGGGAACAGUCAUUGGUGUGCGUGUUGGUUUUAUCUCCUGAUGUCUCUUUCACGGACACGGACAGCUACAAAAUCUCCCUCCAUUCCAGUUACCAUGGCAACAACUUCUCUGUCAUACUGGAUGGAGACUACAUGCCUAAAGAACACAUUCGCCCUGUCUCUCCGCACAACCUGUCUGUGCACUGGGAGAAGGAUGUUGCUGUUUUCAAGUGGGACAGUGGAUAUGAUCCAGACACCCUUUUAAUACACCACCUCCAGUACCAGCUCAGCCAGCACAAAGAACACCAGAUGUGUGUGGACAGAAAGCUUUAUGAGGUAGAGGUCAUGGACCAGAAUAUGUUGAUGGACAAGUCUAAAUUUGAACCUUACACAAGUUACACAGCACGCGUGCGAUCACGGCCAAAUCAAGAAUAUUAUAAAGGUGUGUGGGGCCAGUGGGCCCCUGCGUUACACUGGAGGUCAGGCCACAUUCACAAAACUCCGGAAAGAUCAUUCCACGUUGCCUGGUAUCUUCUGCUUUUGCCUUUGCCACUGUUCCUCCUCACCUGUAUCCCUUAUUCCAGAUGGAGAAAGCACGAUUAUAUCCCAUCACCAGCCCCUUAUUUAAAAGACUGGAAUGUAGAUGUUCAGAUCUGUAGAUUGUUAUCAGGAGAGCUGAGAAAUAUAAUGCAGGGGGAGGAGUCUCUUCAGAUUGACAUUCUGACAGAGAGCCCAGACACGCCCCCUCAACCAACCACCUUAAUUGAGAAGAUGGAAAUGACCAAUGAGCCUAUGCCCCAAUCUUUCAGCAUGCCCCAUUCUCUUGUGGGCUCAGAGGUUGACUCGGGCUGUUGGAUUCGAGACAUCACGACAACAGAGAGAGGAAGCAUCACAUGCAGCGAGGACUACUGUCCGCUCUCCCAACACACUUACGGCAUCUAACACACGUCAUAUGAUCAAAAGUUAUUUAAGAUCAUUUUAUUGCAAAUUAGGUCAUUAUGGUGAAUUACUUUCGAUAAAAAUAUCAAGAAUAGACAUGAAUUACUGUUGCUUUAAAAAGCAGAAAUAAUCCAAAAGGUUUAGUAUAGUGUUGUUGCAUGCACUGAAUAUAAAAACUACUGUUACAUACAUAAAAAACUAAAUCAUGUUUUCCUUGGUUAUAUUUCUGUGCUCUCUGACAAGUUUGCUCAUAUUUUCAUUUUCUUUGUUCGCUUCAACUGUAUUUUUCUUUGCUUUUGUUUCCAAGUUCUGCACUUGAUUUUCCAAAACUUGUGAGUAGAGUUUCAUGUAAAUCAGGGGGCGUUUUGCGUCCCCAUUGGUCCACUAGUUCUUGAUCGACAGCUCCUCCUCUAGCCAAUCAUUCGAAGAGGGGAGGCGAUGUCACUCAAAUGCAACUCCGAUGGCUGCUGUUCAAUAUUAUAUUAUUUGUGUUUGAUAAAUAAGCUGCUUGUGCCUGUUUUGAGUAUUUCUGCCAGCUCUAAGAAACAAUGUGUUGUCUGAGUAGGCCAUUAUCAUAGUCCGUUAACACACGUAUCAAGUCAGCUGAAUUUAGUUAGCAGAGACUUUAGUUUAGGCAUUGUAACAAAGUUAAGGAUGGGAAAGGAGGCGGCGGAAUCCGGACAAACCAUCAAAAUAAUGUGUAAUGAAAACAAAUAGACACAAAACACAAACGUACUGCAGCUGCAUGUGGCUCUCUCUCUCCCGAACUGAAGCGUUCAGCUGCAAUUAUCCCUCUUCUCGGCUGAUUAGCCCGAUUGGGGGCCGGGGAACACCCGGCAUGACGUAGAGCGCUGCCCCUUUGGCCCGACUGCCGGCAGGCUUUUCCCCACCUCUCUAGGGUUGGGGAGAGGGAUGAGGGGAGGGGAAAAAAAAAGAGGAGAGGGAAAGGCCAAAGCGGAACGACAGUGAGAGAGAGAGGAGCGAAAGGAAUAAUCUGGUUCACCAGCACCCAGGUAUGCUGUCGCCCGGCCCUCAGCCACUCCCCAACCUCUGGUGGAUGAUAGCCACUCCUCCCCGGGCGGAUCGGAGCAAGUCCUCUGACCCCUGGUGGAUGGAACGCCCCUCCACGUUUUGGCGGCUGGUAGGGAAGUCCUCAUCCCCCAGAGCUUCAGCCAGGUUUGUGUAUCCUUACAAAGCAACUGUACAUUGUGUAUUGUAUAUUGUGUGAUAUAAAUAUACACAGUUUUGAAACACUCGACUGAAAUGUUUCUCAUGAUCUUAAAAAUCUUCAUACCGAACGUGUUUUUGCCCACAUCUGCUCAGUUUUUCCAUUGUUUUCCUAUGUAAACACACACUGGACGAACGUCCAUACCUACAUGUUUCUUCAGUAUCUCACAGGACCGGCACAUUUUUACACACAGUGUCAAAAAUAAAAAGAACUUCAAG